CGCAUGCGCACUAACUGCGGCAGUUUCCACUGAAGAAAUCGGGACGAGAAACGGGACGGCGAUGGGACAACUAUUAUUAUCGCUGAAUUUAGCCGCUAUAACAGCUAGUGUGACCGCUACGACCGAAAUGAUGACAUUACAACUUGUGUGAGUGCUUCGUCACACUUGUCGGGUUGUUUAGGCGUAGAGAGAAAACGGAAAAGUUCCGGGCUUUUUAUUAGAAAGGAAGCAGAGCAGGGCGGUGGGAAGCGACAGUCAUGGAAGCUUUUGGAUCGGCGCUGGAGAAAAACGUGGCGGAUUUAACCGUGAUGGACGUGUACGACAUCGCGGCUGUGGUGGGCCAGGAGUUUGAGCGGAUUAUCGAUCAGUACGGGUGUGAAGCGUUGGCGCGACUCAUGCCCAAAGUUGUGCGGGUUUUGGAGAUCCUGGAGGUGCUGGUGAGCCGCAACAGCAUCAGCCCUGAGACCGAGGAGCUGCGGCUGGAGCUGGAUAAACUCCGCCUGGAGAGACUGGACCGCCUGGAAAGGGAGAAGAAACACAAAAAGGAGCUGGAGUUGGUCGAGGAUGUGUGGCGAGGGGAAGCCCAAGACUUGUUGUCACAGAUUGCCCAGCUGCAAGAGGAAAACAAGACCCUCCUCAACAACCUGUCACUCAAGGACUGCCCAAUGACAGAGGAGGAUGUUCAGAGACAGGAAGGUAUGUCAGAAAGGGAGAGGCAAGUGAUGAAAAAGCUAAAGGAGGUGGUGGAUAAACAGAGGGAUGAGAUUCGUGCCAAGGAUAGAGAACUAACGCUGAAGAAUGAAGACGUUGAAGCACUGCAGCAGCAGCAGAACCGGCUGAUGAAGAUUAACCACGAUCUGAGGCAUAAGAUCACAGUGGUGGAGGCGCAGGGCAAAGCUCUGAUCGAGCAAAAGGUGGAGCUCGAGGCGUUCGCCCAGGCCAGGCAGCAGGAGCUGGCGAGCCUGAGACAAGAGGUGUCAAGACUCAGAGAGCGUCUUCAGGGAGAGAAGAAAAGCCCUGAAACCGAGGAGCCACCUGCUCCACCAUCACCUGCACAGAAUUUACUCCCCAAGCCCGUGCUAUCAUGCGAUCCGCCGCCGUCCCUGGCUCCACAUAACUGCCAAGUGCUUACAGAUGAAGAUGAGGCAGAUGUGGAAGAUGAGGCAGAUGUGGAAGAUGAGGAAGAUGUGGAGGAUGAGGAGGCUGUAUUGUUAUGGGAGGCAUUGUGUGAGGAAGAAGUGGGUUUCGAUCCGAAAGAUCCAAACCGACCACGCUUCACUCUGCAAGAGCUGCGAGAUGUCCUGCACGAGAGAAAUGAGCUGAAGGCCAAAGUGUUCAUGCUGCAAGAGGAAAUUGCGUAUUACAAAAGUGAAGAGCAGGAAGAUGAUGCACACCCGCCCACUCCGGACCCUUCGCCCACGCUCAGGCCCCGCUCCCGAACCAGUGCCCAGCCAGAGUCUGGCAUAAAGCGCUUGUUUAGCUUCUUCUCCCGAGACAAGAGGCGCAGCUCACAGAGGGGCACGGCCCAGUUCGAAGACAGCUACAGCCCGUGGUCCCGCAAAGACGACGUGUAUACAGAGCAAGCCCAGGAAGCUUUACAGCACAUGUAACCCACUGAACACUGACAAAGCACAAAGACCCUCUAAUCCCUAACCCCCUGCAAUGUCAUGAGCAAUACAUACACUCCACUGUUACAGUCACAUUUCCCAGCCAUCUGUCAUUAGUGGAUAAAGACAGAAGGGAAAUGGAACAGCUUAAAUACAGAUAUGGCUACAAACACUUCCAAGGCUGAAUCUCUAAAUAUUGGGGAUGUCAAGCUUAAUUUAAAUUUUUUUUUUAUUUGCGCGUUAGGUUACCAAAUUCCCAAGAUACUAUAAGUAAAGUGUGUUUGGAAUUUAUGAUCAUGUUUGCAGUCAUGAGGAGAGCAAAGGAGGCCAUGUUGAUAUGCCUUGAGUAGUGUUUUGAUUAGGGCACUUUAUCAUGUUCUUAGAUUCAAAUUGAAUAAUGAAUAAUGAAAUAAGGCAGUGCCUAAUGAAAGCGAAUCCGGUUUGCCCAUAAUGGGAUGGUGCAUUGCCAAUAAAUGGUUGCGUUUUGUAGGUUUAAACCUAAAAUUUUGCACAGUGAUUAUGGGGAAAAAAUACCAUUGAACAUGUAGAUAAGUGUGUUAUUACUAGGCUCUGCUAUAGAAACGAUAUAAAGAAGAGCGUCUGGGCAUUCCAGACUCUCACAAGAGUCACAUCAGCAAAUGUCCAUCACCAGCUGUUCUGCAUUCUUAUGACAUGUGUGGUGCUUUAUACUGGCAGUCCUAGAGUUGUUUAGACAAAGCAUGAAAAUGCCAGUGCAGUUACAGCAACAUACUGACAAAAGCUUCUUUGUGAGCAUGGAAUCAUUGCCAGUGAUUUUACUCAUUAUUUUAAAGAAAUAUGCAUCCUGUGUGGUUGUAAAAGAUUUCAGGAAUUUCUUAAUGAUGAAUGUACCACACUACAGAUCUUUAAUGAACCAUAAUGAAGAAUGCUGCAUAAUUUCAUCUCAUUGGCCAUUAAAAUAUUUUAUACAUCA